AGCGACUUAAUUUUCCUGUGUUUGAAGUCGCGCGCGGAAAGGCGGUGGGUUAGCCCAUGUCUUCCUGCUAAUGUAAGAGAAGACUUUUUAUUUCAUUUAUUUGAUACGCUUACAGUUUACCAACAAAACUGAACGACGUUAAAUAAAGCAAUGGAUACACAGUCGUAUCUACCCGUGCUGCCGGGGAUAGGAAUGGAGGAGAACUUUUUGUCUCUGGACGAUAUUUUGUUGUCACACGAACGACUACCAUGUCGACUACAGACUACUUUUCCUCGCCUGGGAUUUCUUGAAAAAUCCAGCGAUACACAAGACAUUCCAGAGGGCACCAAGAUGGAGAUGCCCCUGUGGUUGGCCAAGGGACUGUACGAGCAGAAGCGAAGAGUGCUGACGGUGGAGCUCCCCAAAGUGUACCGCGAGGGCUGGAGGACGGUGUUUGGAGCUGACCCCAACGUGGUGGACCUGCACAAGAUGGGGCCUUAUUACUAUGGCCUGGGUUCACAGAUGCUCCACUUUGACAGCCCGGAGAAUCCCGAGGUGGCACAGACCAUCCUGCAGACGUUUAUUGGGCGGUUCCGGCGGAUCAUGGACUCGUCUCAGAACGCGUACGACUCGGACACGUCUGCACUGGUGGAGCGUCUGGAUUGCCUGGAGAGGGCGCUGUUCCGGGCGGGGCAGAGCGGCCUCAACGCCUUCCAGCGUUGGGAGAAGGGCCACGCGCACCUCACGGCCUCCAGCCUCGUCAUCAACUACCGCAAGAGGAAACUGGCUGACAUGAACGUCUGAAAGACCCAUACUGCACAUGGACUCACUAAGACUCUAGCUCUCUCUCUCUCUCUCUCUCUUUCUCUCUCUCUCUCUCUCUCUCUCUCUCUCUCUCUCUCUCUCUCUCUCUCUCUCUCUCUCUCUUUCUCUCUCUCUCUCUUUCUUUCUUUCUUUCUUUCUUUCUUUCUUUCUUUCUUUCUUUCUUUCUUUCUUUCUUUCUUUCUUUCUCUCUCUCUCUCUCUGUUACACACACACACACACACACACACACACACACACACACACACACACACACACACACACACACACACACACACACACACACACACACACACACACACAGUCUUUGUAACUGAUCAUACCCGAACACUUUCAGGCUCAUAUUCAUCUUCUAAGAGCCAGUACAUGAUGGCAAACAUUAUUCAGGAACCAUAUGGGACUAAAUUUGGUGCAUGGCUCCUCCAUACAUUUUGUUUUGUUCUGUCUGUGAAAGUACUGAAUGGAGUCAUUAUGAUUCAUUCACACACUAUUAUGUGUUCUUAUGUCCAUGACAUGGAUUUAAUUUUUUCAGAAUCGACAAGCAAUCAUUGUGAAUAAAACUCGUUUUUUAAACUACA